GAAAAACUGAACUUAUAUUAGAAUCCCAGUUAAAUUACUAAAUAGUAGUUAAUACAUAUAUUUCUGAUCAUCAUGAUAGAUGAGAUGCCACCUGGGUUUCGUUUUUACCCAACAGAAGAAGAACUAGUUUCCUUCUAUCUUCAUCACAAGCUUCAAGGUACCAGAGACGACUUGAACCGUCUUAUGGACCAGGUUAUACCAGUCGUCAAUAUAUACGAUUUCAAUCCAUGGGAACUUCCACAAUUUUCCCAAUACCUGUGCCAUAGAGACCCUGAACAAUGGUUCUUUUUCAUUCCAAGACAAGAGAGCGAAGCACGCGGAGGGAGACCAAACAGACUGACAACUGAAGGAUAUUGGAAAGCAACUGGAUCACCUGGUUUUGUUUACUCUUCAAAUCGCGCUGUUGGAGAAAAGAGAACGAUGGUUUUCUAUAGAGGAAGAGCUCCGUCUGGAAGAAAAACUGAGUGGAAAAUGAACGAGUACAAAGCCAUUGAAGGAGAAGCAUCCGCAUCUACCUCUGCAACUCCACCGGUAAGGCAAGAAUUAAGUUUGUGCCGAGUGUACAAGAAAUCCAAAUGCUUGCGGAACUUUGACCGACGUCCACCACCACCACCGGCAGCAGGAGCAGCCAGUUUACUAAUUGGCGAGCCAAGGCUAGUUCAACAAGCUGAUGAUAAUGAGUUAAUAACAACAUCUCAUCAUCAGAACGCUCAAAUCGAUCCUCAGAGAACAAGCUCAAUGGAGAGUUCAUCCUCAGGAGACCAUGCUCAACAAUCUGUAAACGGAGAAACUAGUAACAUGGCAAUUGGUUCUGAUAAUGAAUUGUGGUGGGAUUUGGAGCAAAUUGAUUGGUUCUCUGGGAUGGGGUAAGAGAAGCUAUUUAUUUAUAACAAAAUUAAGGG